ACAAUAUUAUUAUAUUCUGAUUAGUUUUGACCAUUCAUUUGUAAUAAAAUGUAUUUAAAAAUAGUUAUUGUGUCAAUUUUAUUAUUUGUUCAUAUUAUUGAUGGAAGAGUACCCUGGAGGAAGGGUACCUUGGAAGAAAAACCUAUACAAGCAAUAUUUGAUGCGCUGCCUGAAGAAGAAAAAUCAGCUUUUAUUUCGUAUUUUUUAAUGAAACAUUAUUGGUCAACAAGUGUUGAAUCACUGCACGAUGAUAUGGCUAUCCUAGAAUAUCCAUUUAUGCCAGAACUAUAUAGAAAAUUUGAGGAGUUAAACAUAGCAAAAGAGUUUCCAAGAGUGCUAACUGAAUGGGUAAUGACCGAUUAUCAUGUGGAAACUGAGCAAAUUCCACUAUUAGCUCUUGGUUCAACUGUAUGUCCACCAGAAUUAGAGAAUUGUAUAGAUAUUGGUGAUUUGGGACCAAAUUGUUGCCCUAUGUGAUAUUUUAUUUUAAAUUGUUAGAUUCGAUAUUAAUUU